UCACUUUCUCUAGUGAAACCAGAGGCAGCUAGCGUCCGGAAUGGCCUCGGCCGCAAACCGGGACUUUCCAUCGCCGCCGAAAACCAACAGACAACGGGCACACCUGCUGUCUUCAUUUCGCGACAGCUUCCGCUAAGGGAGGUGGGCCGAACCCCAGUGACCCGGGCUUCCCCUCGGUUGGAACGUUGGAACUCCGUGCGAAGAGCGGGGGCGGAGCGCAGACACCCCUCCCAGCACCCGGCGGAUGCCGCGCCGCCCGAAACACUGUCUUCCGGAGCCUAGCCUGCUGGCCCACACCGCGCUGUCCGGUCUCCUAGCAACGCCGCGACGGCCCGCGCGACGAAUCCUGGGGAGUGUAGUCCGUCCUUCCCCAACAGGACUGAGGCGCCCUAGACCUCACUUCCCAGGUCGCUCCGCGCGUGCCUCCCAUGACCUCGCGAGAACACUGGGCCGGAACCCACUGGCGAGAGUGGGCUUUCGCGGGGACCGCCGGGAGGUGUAGUUUGGAGCUGGGAGGCGCGCGCCCUGGCACCCGAGCUGCGGCAGCGGAGAGACUACAAGUCCCAGAGGGCGCGGCGAGACCGCCUGGAGGGCGGGGGGUACGAAAGAGGAACCCGAAGGGCGCGGGGGCCUCGGACCGGUGGGACUCGGGCCGUGAGACUCCUGGCCACCGAUCGCUGGGCGGUGAAGAGCUGGAUGUCUGCAGCUUGUGUCCUGGAGGGCCAGACCCUGCGCUCCGGAACAUGACGCUCCAGCGAGCCGUCCUCCUGGCCGGCCUCCUGGCAGAAGUUGCCGGCAAAUCCUCAGAAACUGCGGGCCAGCAGUCCGAGUGCUGUGUGGACAUGGUAGAUGUCAACACCACCUGCCCAGGCACAAGCCUGUGUGGCCCAGGCUGCUAUAGGCGCUGGAAUGAGGACGGGAGCGUCAGCUGUGUGCGAUGCAGGAACGGGACCCACAGCAGCUCCGAGUGCAAAAGUCAUCUGUCGUCACCCCCUCACCCCACCGGGCCUGCUCCUCACCGAGCGGCCACAUCUCCGAGUUCUGCAGGAGCAGGUGGGGGUCAUCUUUCUUGUCCCCAGAGCAUCGUGCCCCCCCCAGGACCCUUGUGUCCCCGAGUCUUGUCCGUUCAGGACAGCUAUGGGGUGACAGUCACUCCACCUCCAUGGUCACCCCCGUUCUGGGUUCUGGCCUGUGACUCCCCUUGGGGCUGUGCCUCUGGCUCCCUGGGUACAGACCUUCCUGUGCUCUGGGCUGCUCCCGGAGCCCGCAGCACUGAUGACAGCUCUGCUCCCACAGUCACUGGCUGGGGCGCACAGCUCCCCGUGAACAGGAGCACAGGGAUGCCUGGGCGGCCAAACUUCGGGGGCCCUGGAGUGGCAGCUGCCCUCUUCCUGGGGACGUUCCUCAUCAGUUCGGGCCUCAUCCUCGCUGUGGCCAUGUUCUUCUACCUCAAGCGUGCCAGCAAACUGCCCCAGCUCUGCUAUGGAACAAACAAAGCCCCGGCCCUGCAGCCUGGUGAAGCCGCCGCCAUGAUUCCCCCACCACCGUCCUCAGUGCGGAAGCCACGCUACGUCAGGCGUGAGAGGCCCUCAGACAGGGACACGGGCCCCACAGCUGUCUCCUCGGUGGAGGCCCGGGUCAGCAAUGUCUGACCCGAAGGCCCCACACUGCGCACACCGCCAGGGAGGG